AUGACGUGGAAGACGCGUUGCCCAUCAUUUGCUGCCGCGUCCGGUGUUGCGGCGUGUCGGCAUCUCACGGCAGCUACCACGGGGUCUUUUGCACUGGGUGCGUCGUCUGCACCGUCUACCUCAGUACUUUUGCCGUUAUCGAUGGGGUUUGCCUUGCAAGAGCAGCGGCGGCAUCGUAGUUUUCGUUUUUACCUCAACUUGGAUGACCCCGCCGAGACACGCCGGCGUGUUGAGGAGGACCUUGCCCGUAUCGACCAGGAGCACCAGCGCGGGACGAUGAUGCAUCUUCACGCGCUCCUAAAUCUUGCGCUUAGCUGUUAUCAAUCGCAGGAUUACGUUGGUGCCCUUGAGUAUGCAGAGUACGCCCACACCAAGACGAGGGAGCAUAACAAGAAUGCGACACUUCUCUACUUUACCGCCAAGACGUGCUCUCGCUGCGCCCUGGCUCUCGCAGAGGAGUACGAGGCCCACCUGCGGGAAAUGGCGGAGAAGGCAGCUGUGUCCUCAACGUUGGCGCCGCCCCCAUCUGUGGUGUUUUCAGCUGAGAGGACUAUUGCGAAGCUGCGCGAGGAUGCGGUGCGAUACGAUGGUAUCGCACAGCGACUGUGCAACCGCCCUGACAAGGCCUUCAUGCGAGGCUGGGGAUCCACGUCUACCGGGUGGUCAGAGGAUGCGAGGGGGAUGGAUGAGGCGCCGGACGAUUUUUUUGGAGCGCGAUGGAAGGAACGCCGCAAGCGGCCGGAACAUGCGGCAAUACGUCAGUAUUAUCAACAACAACGUGGUGAUUGGGGCGGAACGGGUGUGCCGAAGUGA